GGGACAAGCGCUUCUCACAUAGUGCUCUUAAAGUAAGGAAACGAAUCAUUAUGCAAUGAUCAUGUAACAGAUCAUGCAAUGAUCUCGUCCUUGGCAAUUUUUUAACAAAUUCUGACUGACAAGUGGUGAUACGAGCAGUAAAAAAAAAAAAAAAAGAACAAAUCCCAAAUUUUUGGAUAUACUGAUGUUUUGGAUCACAUGGAGAAGAAGGAGAAUAUAACUGCCAUGUAGGCACAAAGAUCAGACAUGGGUUCAGAGGCGGUGGAGGACUGUGUGCAGGGGGCGCUUUCCUCCCUCUAUCCCCCAUUUGAGAGUACAGCACCCCCUCUUCUAUCCCAGGUUUUUUCUGUCUUGGAGUCCACCUAUCAGCAUGAUAGUUUAAGGUAUCUGCUGGAUUUCUUCAUCCCAGCCAAACAUCUUCUGCACAGACUUCAGCAGCAUGCAUGUUCUCAGUAUUUGGGCUGUUUGUUCAUGCACUCGGGUUGGCCCCUGUGUUUGGGGGAGAAGGUGGUGGUCCAGCUGUCCACUCUUGACUGGAGGCUCUUGCGAAGCAACGACUUCUACCUGCAGGUGGUGCCUUUCUCCACACGCUGUCCCCGCCUGGCUCUUAAGUGUCUAGCUCUGGGUGGCCGCAAUGUCCAGGAGGUCCUGGUUCCUGAAUCCCAGCACCCUCUCGUGUUUACAGCGGAGUGGCUGCACUGUGUCAACAAGGAACGCGGCUGCAAGAGAGAAGGUGGAGGUGGUUUAGAUACUUGUCUGGUUACCACUUCUGAUGGAGUGGUACGUAUUCCUUGGGAUGAGGUUGUUUACCCAAAGUUGCUACACAACCCUACUGACCUGGACCAUCCUUCCACACAUGCAUCUCAACUUGACUACCUUUCCUCGAACACGGGGAGUCCGGGCUGGUGCUCCACAUCUGGAGAUCCUGACACAUGGUCCUGGGAUGAAGAGGAUGAUCUUCCUCCAGACAGCAAUGAGGCUGACAUUGACUCUUCUCUUCGCCACCUCAGACAGGCCAGUGAUGGAUGUGGGGAUUAUGUGGAGCUCCUUGAACCUCGCGGAGGUCCCGAUGGGGGCACUGAUUCCAAGCAGCGCUACUUAGAGAUGCAUGGGAUCUGCAAGACCAAAAGUUUGCCUCUGUGCAGGCGAAGCAAGGCAAUUCGGAUUCGGCGGGGUAAGGCCUGGGGGUACGCCAAGACCGAGAUCAGUGGACGAACAGGGAGCUUACGUAGGAGGGACAGCAACAAUAGCGGAAAAAACAUUGGAGCUGCUCUCAAAGAUUCGGUCAACUCUAGACCCCCACCUAAAGUCAUUGAUUUGGUAAGAGGGAAACAGCCAUUCCCUCAGUGCAUUCAGGACAGAGAUGAAGGUAGUGGAGAUGCAGUACUGGAUGAUUGUGACCUUUAUUUAGAUGGUACAUUCAAGGAGAGAAGGCCUGGCGUGGGUGAGGAGAGGAAAGGAGCUGGAAGCACACUACCCUGGGAAGAGCGCCAUAGAGGAAGAGCCAGCAGUAGUGAUCUUAGCUCUAGAAUUAAACAUAUCAAUGAAAUAGACCCUCAUACUAAAGGAAAUUUAGCGGCGGACCAGUCAGAUCAGGAUCAAGGAUUCCACUCAGACUGUGUUUUCGAUGAUGAUAAGUCACUGGCUGAAGGUGAAACAUUGCCUCAUAGAACAGCAGCUGUAAGUAGCGUGUCUGAUUUAAGCAGACAUUGGACUAACGGAUCAAAAGCAAAGCUUAAAACCCAAACAGAUUCAUCUCAAAACAAUGACUCUUCUCACAUUGAUAAAAAAAAAGCAAACAAAAACCCUGGAAACUCUAAGGGCCAGAAAGGAAAAUGUAAUGAACAUAGAAAACCGGAAAAAAAUCUUUCCCAACCAGGUACUGAUAACAUCGCUGGUGAAAGGCAAGUUGGAAAAUUGGAGGAACGUGUGUGCCCCAAGGGAAAGGAUGUCAAAGUGGGAGGAUUUCGAGCACCCAGGAGAAGGAGGAAAGCUAAGGGGGGGAAAGGGAAGGGCAAAUCUGGUGGUCGUAGCAACCCUAAAACCAAGGAAGACCCCAGUACUGCAAAAGGGCAGAAGAAAGCAAGCCAAGAAGUUGAACCAUCUGAUUCACCAGCAAAAAUGCUUCCCUGCAAAGACAACCAUUCAGAUGAGGGUAAAAAUACAGUAAAAGAAUUGGCGAAUGGUCAUGAAGCAGACCCUGCUGAAGGAACUGGAGGAAAACAACCAGAAUGCCAAACAGAAAUCUUAAUAGAUGCAAAGACUCAAUCAGACACUGCUUUACUUGAUCAUUCAUCAAAAGACACAGUGCCAUUACCACCCGCUGACCAGUCAACCGCACCAUCUCUGAAAGCCCCCCUUCUACUUAGAGAUUUGAAUGAAGAUCUGCUCCAGUCCAGAAAGUUCAUACUCACGGGUACUGUGGAUAGACUGGGACGAGGGUUGGUUAUUACAGAAGCACACGUACCUGAGGAGGGUCUUCAUUUAAUUGAUGUUGUUCAGCUGUUAUUCUGUUAUUACACCAUUACCAGACCUGCAGCCAGAGAAAAGGGCUUAACAGUGCUGAUGGACAGUAGGCAGGCUUUUCCUUCUGAGCUUUGCUUCGAUGCAUUGAGGUCAUUCAAGGCUCAGGUACCAGCAGGCCUUGGCUGUGUUCUCAUUCUUAUUGGGGAAGAACAAGAAUACCCACACAACUUGAAUGGGAUAGAGGUACACACAGUAAAAGGAACCGGAGUCCUUCAGCAGUAUGUGGAUAUACAGCAGCUGACCAAAGAGUUGGAUGGAGACUUUGAACACUCACAUAGUGACUGGUUAUCCUUCAGAAUGAGCCUGGAACAGCUGACUGAGCGCUGCAGGAGUGUCAUGUCUCUGUUAGAAGAUGCACUCAUAUCUAUGGGCACAGAACCACUGCCUGACUUUAUUAAGUCUGUACCACUAAGUGUUGAAAAGCACAAGCAGCUGAUGACUGGUGUUCUCUCCGACCAACGGUUGACAGAGCUGCAAAGACGGGGUGGGGCUUGGCUGGCUGGACUGACUAAUGGAACAUCCAGAUUGGCUCACAGGUCCCCAGACUGCAGAGCUGCCUUGGCUGCAACCUCCAGUCUCUAUGACAGCGUCGAUGAUUCACUCCAUCGACUGGUGCGUGUUUCUAAUCAGAGAAGUCAUGACCUGGAAGCACUCAGUAGACUGGCAACUCUUGUGGACAAAAUGGAGAAGUGUGAGAAAGAAAUAGAUCGUGUGCAGGAGCAGCUGGAGGAAUUUAAGGAUCCUCCUCUUUCACUAAGUUGCCUCUCACUCAAACAGCAGAAGUUCAAAAGCUUCAGGGAAUCUGCCAUGGAACUUCACAGCGAGACAUUAGUGGUGCUGGGUGAGGUUGAGAGCUGGUCCGAACUGGAAUGGGGAGGCCAGAUGGCGGUUCUCAAACAAAUUCCAUCGAUCAGGGAGAAAGUGAGAGGAAUGUCUCACUGCCUGUCUGACUGCUGGACCCAACUAGACAACACACAGAGACUACUGUCCACUUUAACUGAGGCUUCUCAGUGGUGCGAUGUGGUCUCUUCGUCCUCUCCCCACUCCCCACCUUCCUCUCCUCUGUCCUUUCUCCCACCUAUCCCUCCAUCCCGUUUCCAAGAUGCACGAGCUUUGGCCCUUGAGCUUGGUGGUGGUGCUCUGUUGGACCUAUGGGCACAGACCCUGGAGCGUUACCAACGCACGCUAGCGCACUUCAAGACCCGCAUGCUUCAGGCUGAACGUGGAAUGCCCACUGCCCAGGGUCAGGAACCCAAUGUGGCCAUGGCACAGGUGCCAAAAUCGUCUGUCUCCAGUACCUCUAGUUUGUGGGAGUUAGAGGGAGAAGGAGAUGGAGAGUGGUGUGGAGGUGGAGGAGGGGAAGGAGGGAUGCAGUCGUGGGGCUCACUGGCCUCACUGUUUCGUCCACAGAACUGCUCAACGCUUAAGAUAGGGGAAGAGAAGAAGAAGGAGGUAGCUGCAGGGUCUGCAGGGGGAGGGAAGUUCCUGCAGAACUUGCUAAACCCCAGCAAGAAAAGUCCCACUGAGGCUCCGCUCCCUCCUAAACCACCUCGAAGACGUCACCCAAGUUUUGACCUCCAAGCCCUGCUCGCACCCCGUCGUUCAGUUGCAGUUGCACCAAAGCCAGCAGAAGCUCCACUUGCUGUAAGCAGCCGCUCAUCUCCCCUGUCGUGGCUGGGGAGAAAAGCCGUAGCUGAACCUAUCCUCACUGCAGGGAUCGCGACAGCUGUACCAGGAUGGAGAGAUGAGAAAGUUGGUGGAGGUGUAGGAGGAGGCGGUGUGUUGAUCAGGGGUGUGGAGGUCAGCAGUAAAGAGGUGGCAGAUCACACAGGGCUCACUAGGCAGCAUGUGUUGCUCGGCCGGACCGAUAGAGAAACAGCAGGGGAGAGGCCUGGCACUACUGCGCAAAGUAAGUUGUAUCUCCAGUGGUGUAGGCUGGUCAAUUCAGAAAGGCAGUAUGUUGCUCUACUGAAGACUGUGGAGGAAACUUUCAUCCCUCUGCUGGGUAGUACUGAUACACCACUAAGUCUGAGAGGAAAAGCUGACUCAAUCUUCUCCAACUGGAGCAGUCUUGCUACUUUUCAUUCCCAGCUACUCCUCCCCGCCAUUGAGGGUGCCCUAUCUCAAACGCUACAGCAAACCGACUGCUUCAGCAAAUAUAGGGAUCAAUUACUGCAGUACUCCCACUACAUCCGUAUGAAACCAGAGCCGGACUCCCUGCUGGUCAGCCAAGCUGCCGACUUCUUCAAGGCAAAGCUGGCCACCUCUUCUGUGCUCUCCACUAUCUCCUUCCCUCAAUGCCUUGCCGCUCCGACUCAAAGGCUACAGUACUACUGCGAGAUCCUUGAGGAACUGGGAGGGGUAAACCCUGGACCCGAUUCUGCCCUUACCAUUAUCAGACAUGCUCAGAGCCAUGGGGAGGACCUGAGGAUAAGCGACCUUAUCACUGGCUGUCCGAUACCUGUGGCAGAACGUGGAGAAUUGGUGCGUCAGGGCGAGCUGUGCGUGUGCCCAGGUGGGCGGAGAAAGAAGACGGGCAUCAGGACGGUGUUCCUCUACCAGCAUUACAUUAUUCUCACCAAACACAAAAUGUCUAGCCAAGGCUGCAGUGCAUACACCUUUAAAAACAGUAUAAAGACAGGAGAGAUGGGUUUGACCCAAAGUGUUGGAGAGGAGGGUCUGAAGUUUGAGGUUUGGGUGAGACAGACAUCUCGCACCAAAUACUGUCUGACUCUCCAGGCCUCGUCUUCGGAGGACAAAGAAGCUUGGACGCAUGACAUCGCUCAGCUCCUGUGGACACACGCCAUCCAUAACACAGAACUGUGUCUGAAGGAAUCUCUGUGUAUGGGAGUGUCCAGUAAGUUGCUGCUGGAUUUGACUGGAGCGCAACCAUCCGAACUGGAGUCAGGUUUCAGCCAUAAUGAGAGGGUUCAGAGUAGCUGUUCAGACUCUUCCUCAGUGGGAAGCCAGAAAGAAGGAGGUUCUCCGUCUAUCGCAAGAGAACCAAAGAAAGACUUGGCACAAACUGGCCAUACACAAAACUCAUCACCAUCGACCUCCGUUUGAAUACCAUCUGAACCACAAAUAAUCUUAGCUCUUCAAUUUGCUGGAUUAGAAAUUCAACUGGACAAAUGUUUAACUAACAGAGACUGGAAGAUGAGUCAGCAACAUUACAGCAUGAUAUGGUAUACUGAAGUAAGCCAUGCUACAUUUCACAGGGCCAUCUUGGCUCUGUCUCUCGCAGUUGCUCUGUAUGCAACUAAUCGCCAGGUACUGGAGCGUGUAGCAGGGUAAUGUGUUUCAGGCUUUCAUGCACUGCUGCCUCCAACUGAUUUGCUGCUUGCCAAGAACGACUUCAAUAUUAUACCAUAAGUUACUGUGUAUUUAUGGCUUUCUUGCUUCCUCAGUAUUGGCUUUAUGGUCUCCAAUUUUAACCAAAGAAUAGUAUAAAUUAUAAACUGUAUGUAUAGGCCUAAUGUUUUUCUGUUAUUUGUAGAUUUGAUGUUACUUGUCAAAUGCUUUAUUAUGAAUUUUUUUUUUUUUUUUAUAGAAACAUCCAAUAUUGGUACUAGCUAAAAAGAGAACGCAAUCCCACUUCAUAGACUGUAAAUUCUCAAAAAAGACGUUACAGAUAGCAUUUUCCGAUCACAUUUUCUGUACCAAUGUGUAAUAGCAACAAUAGAAAGUGUUUAAUUUUAAAUAGUGUUGGACAAGCCUUAUUUGCUCAGUAGUAAUAUCAGUCAAUUGCUGUUGCAGCCAGUAAAUAAGUGAUUUUCAUUUAAUCUUAUACAUAUUCUUUCUCUAGUGGGUAUUUUGUUAUGAAAAAAGUUUUAUUUUAAAAGGGGAAAAAAACAUUUAAACAUGUACAAAUGAAGUAUUAGCUUAAAGGUGUCAAGCUUUUCUUUCAUUACCUGAACAAACCACAUUUAAAACUAAUGAAACUAUGCGAAGUGAUCUAGAGCUAUGGUUCUUCUUGUAAAACCUACCCAAGAGGUCGGUUAUUUAUUUUUUUCAUUUUUAAUUUUGAUACUAUGGGAAAACAUUAAAGUAGCCUUAACAUUUGCAUAUAAAUUGUGCUCUAUUGAAAAUUAGACUCUUCGAAUGUUUCUUUGACUUGAAUUCAAACCCCAUUAAAAAAGUCGUCCUGUAAAUAAUGUCAUAUGCACAGUGUGCUUUUUAUAAAAUAAAUGAAAUCAAAACAUUAUGGAAUAAACCAUGAUGGCUGUACAACAUCAAAAUAUUAUGGUACGCAUUUAGAUAAUUAGCCUUAUAUUAAUAUAGUUGGACUGUACAUGGAGGGUCUCUAUCCCUGGCUGCAAAAUGUGUGAUUCAAGGUAGGCAUAGUGCAAGUGACAUGACUUUUAAUUGACGUGACAAAUAAGAGUGAAUUAACUUGUGUUUUAAAUUUGUUUUCAGAAAUACAGAAAGGCUUUUAAACAAAUUGUUUUUUGCAAACCCUACACCGGAAUUUGUCCAAUAGGUGGUGUUAAUGAGCAACUGCAUUUUGGAAACAAUGUGUCUCCUAUUUUAAGGCCAUAGGGCUAUUUACAGGACAGUGAAUAUUUGCUCAUUUGUGGUGAUGCUGUGCACAUUUUGGAUCAAUAGCACUUUUACAGGCAAAAAAUAUGUGCUAGGAAAUGUUUGUAUAUUGCUCUGAACAACACGAUGUAAAGCUGAAAUUCCCCCCCAUCAUAUAAAGGAGUCUGUUGGAGUAAAACAAACUCUUGAGAGCUGAACAGAUUUCUCCACAUAGCUCUGAUUGUUAUUGUUACUACUUCCAUAUUUAGCUGCAUAUAAAUUCACAUAGCUCCCAUAUGAAUUUACAUAUCCACCACCCUCUCACUCAGUUUCUCCCACUGUGUGAAAAGAGUCGAUUUUUCCUUUGUCUGUUUAUGAGUUGCAUUAUGAUCCAGCUGGCUUUGAUUGUCAUGGCAGCUCCAUCAGCCAAAUCCAAAGAUUGCUUGCAUAAGAGGAAAUGCAAUGAGUUUCUGCUUUAAUCUUUGAGUUAUGUAAUUGGUGCACCCCACCCUCCUAUAUUCUAUUAUAUUCUACUCGACCUUACACAAUCGUAAUCUUGUAUAGACACUGGAUUCCAGAACUCUCCAUAAAGAGUUUGAAUCCCUCUUUGUUUGAGCUGACAUUAACCAAACACUCAUAAUCCAUUUUGGAACAGUCAAGCUCCCAAAAAAAAAAAAACCCUUGAUCUAGAGAAUUAUUAAGUUGUUUUAUAUAAGAGGUGGUAUGAGUGUGCAUGCGAGCUACAUGAGGAAUGAAGCUAAACCCACAGCCAGACUUAAUCCAAAUAUACUUUGCACAGUGGGGAAAUGUGUUCAAUUCAGGGCUUUUAAAGCAGGUCUCUUCAUAACUAUAAAUACCUUGGCAUGAUUCAUCAUUCUCACUGUAAAUACAAGCAUUAACCAAAGAAACAAGGUGCCUUUUGUGAGCUUCUUAUUAUAACUCUUAUUAUAUUGAUGUUUACAAUUUUUUCUGGUAAUGCAAAGCCUCGUAUAAGUUUUAAUGUUUUAAUAAUUGCAUGCUAUAUUGCUGUGUAUUUUGCACUUGAUGAGUGUUAAUUUGUUUUCUUCAAGAAUUAAAACUGGACAUGAACAAG